AAUUACAGAGAAGCUUAUUCCUGGAAUUUGCCUGCCUUGCAUGGCAUUAGACAUCGAAUUCAUCAUCAGAGCAGCCCCCUAGUUGAGGUCAGGUUUACAUAUCGUUUUAUGUUCCGUGCUUCUGUAAAUGUGACUAUGAUUCGCAUGAAUCAGUUUUUGAGUGUGGCGAUAAGGUUUCGUAAACAGUACAAUUUAUUGAGAAUCCAUGACUCGUUCUAUUAGAAUCCAUACUUUCCAUGCACCUUGUGAGGGAAAUAUGAACUUGAGAUUAUGUUGCUCGGACCUGGAUAUGGGUAUAGGGUGCUAUUAUGCAUUGCUGAUUUUCCCAUUGUUUUGGAGUGGUUUGGAGUAUCUGCAGCAUACUUAUCAGUAAUCAAAAUCUUGGGGGUGGACUAUUUGGGGCAAGGUGAACAAAUUGAGCUAUUAUCUUGUGUGGUGCUUUUUGCAUCUUAUUGGCAUUUUUCCCGACAAGUUUCAGUGACGGAAAAGCUUUUCUUUGGAGAAUAGUUACACUCUCAUUUCAUAUAACUUCAAUAUUUUUAAAUGUCCAGCAUAUAUGUUGAGGUAGUUGAUUAUUGUUUUCAGGAGCAACUUGACCCAUUUUCUCUUGUUGCCGAUGAAUUAUCGCUUCUCGCUAACAGGUUACGGUCGAUGGUAAUUGCUGAGGUCCCUACGCUUGCCUCAGCUGCUGAGUACUUCUUCAGGCUGGGGGUGGAAGGAAAGCAGUUUCGUCCAAUGGUUUUACUGUUGAUGGCAACAGCUUUGAAUGUACCCAUACCUGGACCUCCAUUUAAUGGGGUAGGUAAUUCUUUGACAACAGAAUUACGUACAAGACAGCAAUGUAUAGCUGAGAUCACUGAAAUGAUUCAUGUUGCAAGCCUCCUUCACGAUGAUGUGUUGGACGAUGCAGAUACAAGGCGUGGUAUUUCUUCAUUGAAUUGUCUCAUGGGUAAUAAGUUAUCAGUAUUAGCAGGGGAUUUUCUUCUUUCCCGAGCUUGUGUGACACUUGCUUCUUUGAAAAACACAGAGGUUGUAACAUUAUUAGCAACAGCUGUAGAACAUCUCGUGGCGGGGGAAACUAUGCAAAUGACAACAACAUCUGAGCAACGUUAUAGCAUUGAUUAUUAUAUGCAAAAGACAUACUACAAGACUGCAUCACUGAUUUCAAAUAGCUGCAAGGCGAUUGCCCUUCUUGCUGGGCACACAGCAGAAGUUGCAACGACGGCUUUCGAGUAUGGAAAAAAUCUGGGAUUGGCAUUUCAGUUGAUAGAUGAUGUACUUGAUUUCACGGGCACAUCAACUUCUCUCGGAAAAGGUUCUUUGUCUGACAUUCGCCAUGGUAUCAUAACGGCUCCGAUACUGUUUGCCAUGGAAGAGUUUCCUCAAUUGAGUGCAGUCGUGGACCACGGCUUUGACAACCCCGAGAAUGUUAAUAUUGCUUUGGAGUAUCUAGGGAAGAGUCGGGGAAUCCAAAUGUCAAGGGAGCUGGCAAUGAAGCAUGCUAACCUUGCUGCUGAAGCAAUUGAAUCUCUACCAGUAACCGAUGAUGAGGAUGUCAGAAAAUCGAGGCGCGCGCUUGUUGAUCUCACAGAAAGAGUAAUUAUGAGGAACAAAUAGCAGAGGCAUAAACUCGCAUCAACACAUCUUUACCAGCUUAAAAUAGUUUUUUCGAUCAUUAUUCCUGCAAGGUGCGGGUCAAGUUCCCUCAGUCUUUCAUUAAUUUUUGUUACACUAGUCGUAUUCUUUUUUUGACCUUACCAUGUUUUUACUCUAAUAAAUCUAUAAAUUUGGAUUUGGAUUAUCGGCUUGCCCCUUGAAGAAGAUAUAGAGGAAUCUGGAUAUUAUCUUUGUGUCUAUAAUCGAGCAAUUAGAAUUAAGAGGGCACAGUGAUGUGGGGAUCUGGAUCCCAAACACUUAUGGCAUGAUGAAAUGGGUGAGUGUGUGGUUAGGACAGAGGAGUGCCAAAAUCAGCAGCCUUGAAUUUUGUUCCUUCUUCCCGACCUCACAUUCACUUACUGCCCCAUAUAAUAAUUGGAGGGCAUCUCUUUCGUAGCGGUUAUUUAAUGCUUUGUUAUAAAGAAAACUAGUUACAUUAACUUUUUUGGAAAAUUGUGUUAACAAUGCUGGCUAAUUUAUGCAGGAUCUUGAGAUGAUAUAUGGUAUGAGACCAUUCUUGCGUGGAAUGUACUGUAGUCUGAUUGUCUAGAGUGAAGGAGAUGUAAGCAUAUCCUGUAAAAUUACCCAGCUCUGCAUUUCCAGUGACUGCAUAUGUACAUUUCCUUCUGCCUCAACAAACACCUCUAGAUUUCCUUUUUGAGUACCCAGAUUGCUGUUUGCUAGACAAAAUUGAACUCCAGAGAAGCCCCAAGCCUCUGCUAGUAGUUGAAGAAGACAUCUUGAGAGAUGAAUGUAGCCCAUGCGUCCUAAACCACAUUGCAUCAAUCAGAAUAACUUAUUAAUACUGAAAUUUGAAGAUGCUAUUUA